AUGCAUUCAAGAUGCCUGCAGCAGGGAGCUAAUCACGUGCUGGCCAUUCACGAGAGGGAUUCGCCUGGAAGUGUUGGCGACAUCGUUGGGAGUCGCUUGGAACGGCUGGCGACACCGUUGGGAGUCAGCUGGAAAGCUUGGCGACACCCUUUGUCUGAAGUUGAAGCACCCUACUUGGUGAACUUAAUUGGAUAUUGCUACGAGGAUGGACACAGGCUUCUGGAAUAUGAAUACAUGGAAUGUGGAUAUGGUCCACCAUUGUCUUGGCUAAGUAGACAGAAAAUUGUUAUUGGAACUGCAAAAAGCCUAGCUUUCCUCCGUGAAGAAGAAAAGCUAGUCAUAUAUCGGGAUUUCGAAGGACGAACUUUUGGUCCUAAGGAUGGCAAUUGGGGAUUGAUGUAA